AGAGGUAGGUAUUUUAUGUUAUAAUAAUAAAUUUCAUAACGCCUUGAUUCAAUUUCCUUUAUUCUUGAUAUUCAAAAUUCGAUUUUUUUUUUUUAAGAAUUUCGAGGGUGCGGAGCAACAUACAUCUAUUACGAAUGGCGCGAAUAAAAUUCAAAUCUGAAUUUUUAAUCAAUCGAUUAAAAGUAAAAGAAGUUAAACGUCAUCGAAUGAACUUUCUACUUAUACAAAGUAUAAAGAAGAAAAAGAAAGCAAAGAAAAAAAAGACGUAAAUGUCAAGUUGAUCGAAGUAUAUCAAGUGGGAGGCAUGUUCCCCUCGUGUCAUUUCCCUCCAAUAGGAUUCGUUUGACCAGACCGUAGUCUACGAAGAAAAAAUUUUACCAAUACAUUUUCCAUUGUAAACAUCAUUGUCUCGAGGAAAUUCAAACAUAUCAUUUUCUUUGCCGCUCGUUCAUGCGGAACGUUUAUCAAAUGAACCAAGAUUGACGUCCUAUUAAGAGAAAUUAGGCUCUCCUAUACUCAAUGUGACAAUGAAGCAUUUGAUUUUACGUGAUCAUUUUACAAGUUGUGAGAGUGUUGAAUUACCUGUUUAUUGAUCGCUGUCAGUGACAAUAAUGUAAGGGACUUUUCAUCUAGAGGGUUUUACAUCUAAGUUGCAAUAUAAAAUGCACACUUAUGCCGCGUAAUGUUGUAAUGAAAAUUUUAUGAAAUCGUUACACGACGAAAAAAAUUGAUUGUGCUUUACUUGAGAUUGCAAUUUUUAUAUUUUUAUAUGGUGAAAAUGGACCAUGCUUCGUUACCGAAAUUUAUUUGCAAUCCAAUAAAAACGUGUUCAUCUAAUUUCACUACUUUGACUGAUGUGUUACAAUCGGAUCCAGUGAAAAGGUUGUUCAAUCAACCAAAUAUUAUUAUUAAAACGAUACCCAUAAAAAUAAGUCCAACAUCUGCCUCUAAUAACAAAAGUUUCACAAACAAAGUGCAUGAUACAGAUUUAAGUAUAAAUAAAGUGAAACAAUCAGAGUUAUCAGUAAUACCUUUACAGAAAAAUCAAGAAGAAAAUAUUGAUGAUGAAAAUUUGUUACCCUCGAAAAAACAAGGUAAAUCAGAAAUUACAUUAGUUCCUGUUAAAAGAGAAAAAAAACCUUGUGGUCAUUAUGAACCUUGUGAGAAUAUUAUAUGUGAUGUGAUAGUACAACAAUAUGUAGAUCGUGAUGGAUCAUCGCCAAUGUUAGCCUUCAAUAUAGAAGAUAGUGAAAUAAAUGCACCAGUUUCAAAACAUUGUAAAAAUAAAAUGUGCGAUGCAUUAAGCAUUGAUCAUGAUCGUUGUCGCAGAGCUAUAAUAAUAUUAAAUAAAUGUAAUCAAUCAUCAGCUUGCGAUAUUUGUGGUGUUACAUUAAAGACCCAAAGAUCUCGUAUACAUCACAGGAAUUGUACAAGGAGGAAUGUAUAUAGGCAUAAUAAAACAAGCAGUGCUCAAAUAUUAAAAGAAAGAAUGAGAGAACGAGAAAUUCAAAUAAUUGAAGCUUCAAAACUAAAAAAAAAUGAUUAUACAGAUCCUAUUAUGGGCUAUAAUCUUGCGAUGGAAACUCUAAAGAAUAAUAAAGAAUUAAUCAUUACUCCAAAAUCAGUCCCUUUACAACAACAACAACAACAACAACAGCAGCAGCAACAGCGGCGACGGCAACCAUUUUCAUCAGCAUCACUAACAGCAGCAACAACAACAACAAUUACAAUUACUAAAAAUUCUAUAUCUACAACAGAUUCUACUUCGCAAAUUAGCAAUGUAAAUAAUGUUUUUGGAGAACUUUUAUCUACCAAUAUACCAAUUGUAAUACCACAACAAAGUAUAGUUAUUGGCAAAGCACAGUGUUCUAAUGAAAAUGGUAUAUCUACUCCCAUUCAGUUAGCUUUGUCAGAAGCUUUAACUAAAUCACUUAUAACAACAACCACUACAGCUUCUUUACCUCAAAGUCAUCUUCUUACAUUUACAACACAAACUAACACACAUCCAAUGCCAAUAAAUGACUUACUCUUGUCACAAUCACAAAUUGUGACAACACCCAUUCAACCUAAACCAUUUUUUACACCUAUUCGCGUUGUACCUAUAACUAAUUUAAUAACACAGCCAUCCUUAUUACACCAAACACAGGGUAUACCAAAGUUUUGUAUUAUGGCAGACAAUACAGCACUACCAUUAUCUGUAACGAAUCCACAGUCUGUUCAAUAUUCAGCACCUGUGCCAAAGGUUGAAUCUACAACUGAUUCGAAAACAACAUCACAAAAAAAGAAAAAGAAAUGGAAAAUAGUAAAAAAGAAAUGGAGACACAAGAAUAAAGAUUUCAAAUGUGACUACUGUCUUAAAAACUUCAGUACAGAUUGGUAUUUCAAAGUGCACGUUGCUAAGCAUACUAAUGAAAAACAACUUACGUGCAAGAUGUGCAAACAGUCAUUCAGUAAUAGAAGUGAUAUGAAAAAACAUAUGUCAAAUCAUCAUAAAAGUGAAGAUAGUGUUCCUAGUACAUGUAAUCGACAAACUUCUGCAUGUCCACAAACAAAGGUUAUCAACCUUGACUUACAACAAGAAGUAAGAAAAGAAGAUAAAACAAAUGGAUACGUUAAUAUGCCCACUCAAGAUAUUGUCAAAAAUAUCAAAGCAGAACUGUGUCACGAAGUAUAAAUUAUUUCAGAUUAGUAAUUGUUAUUGGAAUUGAAAGAAAGAAAAAGUUAUCUAAAUUGAAAAUACAUUUUUUAUAAAUCUUGACUAAAUUAAUUUAUGUAAAUAUGUGUAAAUUAUGCUUAAAUACUAUAGCUAAUCAAAUGUUAAGUUUUUAGUAGCAAAUUUUAUGUUAAAUUAUACAAACACAUGUAUUACUUUUUUAAUAUUGCAUUAUGUGUUUGUUUAUUUUAAUUUUAAAACAAUCAUUCAAUAUAUCUCAAAUCGUGCAGCAAAAGACGAAAAUACUUCUUGAUAUAUAUUUGCUUUAGUUAUGAAAUAUAUAAAACAAAUAUUUUUAAUACUUUCAUCAAUGUUAUAAAAAGGCGUAUUAUAAAACUUUAAAAAAUUGUAUUUUUUAAAUGAAAACGAUUGCAAAAGUUGAUGAAUGUAUAGAAAAUUAAAUUUAGAUGUUAUUAUAUAUUAUUGAAAUAUCUUUCAAACUGUGAUAUGUGAUUAUCUUUCCACUAUAAUUUUGUUCACGUUAUCUAAAAAUUUAUCGUCUUUAAUUGCAUAUUUAAUAUAGCUUUGAGCACAUUAAUAAGUUUUUGUACACUGAAACAAAAGCAUGAUAAUGCACGUUGACAAAGAUAUGAUACACAUAUCGUAAAACGCACAAAAGAAAAAUUAUGUGUAUAUUUUAGAACUAG